CUGCAACUUCUGAGUGCAAAACUUUCACUUCCAGGAAUUCAAAAACAGAAGCUGAUUUCAACCUGGUACAGGCUCGUAUGAGAGACCUUGAUGCUCAGCUGAAUGCGAAGGAAGCCGACUUAGCAAUAGCUUUGAAUGAGAACCGAAGCUUGGAGAAUGACCUUUCUGAAUUAAAGAGUGAAGUAGUCACUCUGCAGCUGUCACUGGAAGAUACCAAAAAGCAUCUCCACAGUGAAAUGUUGAGGAGGGUGGACCUGGAAAACCAUAUGAAAACUUUGCAGGAACAAAUGACAUUCCAGAAGCGCCUUCAUGAAGAUGAACUCAAGGAGACAAAAAGAGUCCAUGAGAGCAGGAUAGCAGAAUUAAUAUCUGGCCACCAGAGAGAAUUUGAGAGCAAGCUCACAGAUGCUCUGCAGGGGCUCAGAAAACAACAUGGAGAACAAAUUCAAGGAUACAAAGAGGAGCUGGAGCGAACAUUCAGUGCAAAAAUGAAGAAUGCUGAGCUAUCUGCAGCAAAAAAUAGUGACUUUGCCAAUGCUGCUCGGGAGGAGCUGAUGGAAACAAAGCUGAGAGUUGAUGUUCUGACAUCUCAAGUUAAUCAAUAUCAAAGCCAGAAUGUUGCUUUGGAGAACAGAAUAAGGGAGCUACAGGAGACGCUGGAUUACGAUCGUGAUCUCCAUCGGAGGCGUAUGGCUGAAAAAGAGAAAGAAAUGGCACAAGCCCAGCAGCAGGCACUAGCACAGUUGGAAGAAUAUGAGCAUCUCUUAGAUGUGAAACUGGCUCUAGAUCUGGAAAUAAAUGCCUACAGAAAGAUGCUGGAAGGAGAGGAACAGAGGCUAGAGCUGUCACCCAGUUCACCUUCACACAGCACUGAAACUCAAGCAACAAGUCAAGGGCGACGGUUCCUGUAUGGGAAGAAAAGGAAAAUGAAAGAAGCCAAAAAGAGAGGGCAUAGUGCUGGAUUUAAGACUGUUCAGCAUGCUUCAUCUUCUGGAAAUGUAUCUAUUGAAGAAAUUGAUGCAGAUGGGAAAUUUGUCAGGCUUAAAAACAAUGCUGAUGAGGAUCAACCACUACAUGGAUGGGUGUUAAGAAGACAUAUUGGAAGUGUGUCAGAUGUAACAUACAAAUUUCCUUCACGGUUCGUUCUUCAGGCAGGCCAAGUAGUUACAAUCUGGGGUGCAGCUGCUGAUGUAAGCCCAGGUCCCAGUGAUCUGGUCUGGAAGUCUCAGAAGUCUUGGGGAACUGGGGAUAAUAUUGGUGUUACACUCAUCACAGAUGAUGGUGAGGAACUUGCAGAGAGGAAGAUAAUGCAUGUACCCAGAGAAGAAAGCGGUGAGCAAGAUGAUGAAGAAGUAACUGGAAGUGGAAUGGAGUUUCCAUCUCAAUGGAGCUUCAGCACAGAUGCAGGUCAUGCCAAUGGAAUGAACAUAGUCAAAUAG